GUUUCUUCAAUAAGCGAAAUUAUGCCUUCGGUGAAUUCCUUUAGUGACGUAUGCCCAUGUGAUGGUGGAAGCCCCAUAAAAAAGUGUGUUAACCCGCACGUACAUCUGACUGUUGUGUCGUUGCUUUUUAGCGGGGGAAAGAUGGCACAAUCGGAUGAUCCAAGUUGCACGGCGUUAGUUGCAGAUGAUCCAACAACAUCGCAAUCCCCAACAUCAGAAUCAGCCACAACAUCAACAACAGUAACCACAAAUGUUAUCCCUAGUUCCACGGUGACGUCAGUGGAAGAUCAAACACAAACCGAUGAUCCAACAACAUCGCAAUCCCCAACAUCAGAAUCAGCCACAACAUCAACAACAGUAACAACAAAUGUUAUCCCUAGUUCCACGGUGACGUCAGUGGAAGAUCAAACACCAACCGGUACGGGAGGAGAAAAAACAAUAAAUGAUCCAACAACAUCGCAAUCCUCAACAUCAGAAUCAGCUACAACAUCAACAACAGUAACCACAAAUGCUAUCCCUAGUUCCACGGUGACGUCAGUGGAAGAUCAAACACAAACCGCUAUGUGCCCCUGUUCCUGUGACUACAUGGACAAAGUCGUGUACUGGAGAAAUGAGAAAAACCAGCUGAGGCAAUACUAUGAACUGAGUGAAAGGUUGGCUCAACUCAAGCGCCUCCUCAGCGUCAACACAAAGAAUAUCUCCUCCACAAUAAACAAGAAGAUCAGCGCUGACGACGAUCGGCCGUCAGCCUCCGUGACAGGUUACGUGGGAGUCGUCUUUAUAGCCUUAUUUCUUGCUGGAAUGGCCUGGCUGAUGCCCCUGUAUUGAUUCGGCAGACUUCUAAACCCCUUAAAGACAUCAGAAAACCGUG